AUGUCCCCUAAAAGGCUCUCUGUUUUCCGUUUUAUGGCGUUUGCUACGCUACGCUACGCUACACUACGCAAACGACUACCACCAGUCAAUUCAGCUUCUGAUGCUUUCUUUCGACUUCUUCCCCACAUAGUAAACAUACUACUGGCACUGUUGAAAACGGACGUCAGAGAGCUCAUCUAUGCUGCCAACAACGCUGAAAGCAUCAGACCUCACAGUCCUAAAAGAAUAUCUUUUUCACGGCUUAUUCGACUUAUUUGUCCUUAUUCGUCUUGUCCGACUAGUACAUAUGGUCUAGAUCGAGUAUUAGAUAUGAAUGUUAUAUUGUUUGAGUAA